AUGGACAGCCUCGUGGCCAAGUACAGCCGCCCGGCGUACGAGCAGCACAACACCUUCCGGGACGAUGAGCAGGAGGACCUCGAGCUCAUGGGCGAGGCCCCGCCCUUGUCUCUGAAAUUUGCUAUGCCUCCCGUCGCACAUCCCUCCUCCUGGCUCCGCGCAGCAACAGAUGACCGCGCCAACCCCGACUGCCCCAUCAAGAUCGCCCACGGAACGACAACGCUUGCCUUCCGCUUCCAGGGCGGAAUUAUCGUCGCCACCGAUUCCCGUGCCACCGCCGGUAACUGGAUCGCCUCGCAAACGGUCAAGAAGGUUAUCGAGAUCAACAGCGUUCUGUUGGGCACGAUGGCCGGCGGUGCCGCCGAUUGCCAGUACUGGCUCGCCUGGCUCGGCAUGCAAUGCCGUCUCCACGAGCUUCGUCACAAGCGCCGCAUUUCCGUCGCUGCCGCCUCCAAGAUUCUCGCCAACCUCGUCUACUCAUACAAGGGUAUGGGUCUCAGCAUGGGAACCAUGUGUGCUGGUGUCACCAAGGAGGAAGGCCCCGCGCUCUACUACGUCGACUCAGACGGCACUCGUCUGGCCGGCAACCUCUUCUGCGUUGGCAGUGGUCAGACCUUCGCCUACGGUGUCCUGGAUGCCGAGUACCGUUACGACCUGACGGACCAGGAGGCUCUGGAGCUCGGAAGCCGCAGUAUCCUGGCCGCCACCCACCGUGACGCCUACUCUGGUGGUUUCAUCAACCUCUACCAUGUCAAGGAGGAGGGCUGGGUCAAGCACGGCUUCAACGACACGAAUCCCAUCUUCUGGAAGACGAAGCUGGAGAAGGGCGAGUUCACCAACGUCACGGCCGACUUGGAUUAG